AUGAACCCGCGGUGGGAGGGUGGUCCGGGCUGUGUUUUCCAAGCGUCCGGGUGGGGAACGAAGGAGAGGCGCAGGUGCCUGUCGAUGGUGGCAGUCGGGGACGUGGCCGGGGUGGAGUACUCGCUGAGAACGGAGGAUGGCUCGCCCUUCGAGACACGGUUUGACCAGGGGAGAGUGAAGCUUGUGGUGGGCGGGGGAGGCUUCGCCCCGUUCUUGCACAACGCCGUCCUGAAGAUGGAGCCCGGGGAGGAAAAGGAAGUGACGGUCCCGCCGAAAGACGCCUUCGGGGAAUACGACCCUGAGCUGACGGCGACGCUCGGAAUGGACUCUGCCCCGGGAGACAUAAGCGUCGGCACCGUGCUCCAGCUGUGGACGGGGCAAAAGGCCACCGUGACAGAGAUGUCGGGCGAGAGCUUCAAGAUUGACUGGAACCCGGACCUGGCGGGCACGUCCCUGGUGAUGGACGUUAAGGUGCUGGAGGCGGCGAAGGCGGAGUCGGUCCUCAAGACGGCUACCUUCGCGGGAGGAUGUUUCUGGGGGCUCGAGCUGGCCUUCCAGCGAGCCAAGGGGGUGGUGUCCACCAAGGCGGGCUACGCCCAGGGCGUUGUCAAGAACCCGACCUACAGCGAGGUCUGCUCGGGAAAGACUGGACACACGGAAGCCGUUCAGGUGCUGUACGACCCUUCCGAGACCAAGUACGCGGACCUUCUGACUAUCUUCUUCGGCAGGCAUGACCCGACCCAAGUUAACGGCCAGGGCAACGACAAGGGCACCCAGUACAGGGCCGGGGUGUACUUCCACGACGAGCAACAGAAAGCGGUAGCGGAGAAGUUCUUCGCGGACGAAAUCUCGGCAAGACGCUUGAAGAAACUUGCGACAGAGCUCGAGGAGGUCCGAGAGUUUUACGACGCCGAGGACGAGCAUCAGCAGUACCUCCAAAAGGGCGGCCAAGACGCUCGCAAGGAGGCCACGGAGACAAUUCGUUGCUAUGGCUAGCGGUAUACAGUAAACAUAUGUAUUGCUUUACUAUUGAACUUAAAUUAUUUGUUCGCGCGGGGAAUGGACAUUCCUGCGGCCUAACACUCGUCCUGGUCCAACGACAGUUUUUUGCGGCCAAUGCAGGGCCCCAAGAGCCGGCACGACAAGAUGCAUCGGGGGAGCCCAGCGAUUCGGUUCACCCCCCCCAACGACGGCGUGGCCGUCCGAUUGUCUUGGGGUGCUUUCGAGGAGACCAUCGGAAUGGCGUGAGAAGACGGGGCACGGGGCAAUGCAGAAGCAUUGAUGAACGUUUUUUUUCUACAUAGCCGAUUCCUUGUGUUCUGUGCGUAGGUGUAGGCCGAUCAAGAUUGUUUGGAAGAAUGUACUAAACAAGUAGCACUUGAAGUGACCGCCGAACCGUUUAUUUGGGACUAGAACCUUCUGAGGCCUCCCUUGGAAGCCGUGGAAACAUUCGGGAUCGGCUUCGAGCCUAGCACACGGAGAUUGCGACGUCAUGUGUUGUUCCGUGGCGUAUGUGAUCGAUCUUUACAGUAUGGUGGUGGCUGGAUAUAUCACAACGGAGAAUCUUGUUGCUUGAUUAUGGUGGCAGUAGUCGGAUCUCAGCAUUCUCUCAGCACCCGUUUCUACUCGGCGAGGUUAAUUUGGUGAUGCGUGGGCAAUUUUAUCGUCAGUUUUGAACAGAGUGUCAUCGUAGUUUCAUGAAUGAACGUAUCACAUAUCGACCUCGU